CGCUUGCAAUGAAAGACAAAAGCCACAAACCGGAAAAAGAAGUGCCCUCCUGAAUGAAAUUCAGACGUUUCUGGCGACGGACACAUGCAGGUUAUUAUUACGACUACGUGCGACGCUUCUCGCCGAUGUUCCAGAUUUCGUUAAAUCUGCUCUCGCUCGCCUGCGGAAGAUCCAUCAUUGACAUCUUGACAGCUUCACCGCAGAUGAGAGGAACACCGGAUAUACUAUUUAUGCCCAGACACACCGAGCAGCAAUAAUGCGUAUUCUCGAUUUUGCCAUAAACACUUAUUUUGCCAUGUAAUCUCAAUCUUUUUUUCCUGCACGGAGAACGGAGGAGGAACGGAACAGAGCGUGAUUUCUUGUUUCAACGAAUGCAUUAUCAUAACGUUUCCAUCAAUUAUUUAUUUGUUUUAUGUUGAUCAAUUCUGAUGUGACGAAAAGACUGAUCGGUUCUGGUAGAUAGCAUCAAGGACGGACACCUCUCUCACAUCUUCAUUAGCCCACUUCAAAUUAGACAGAUCUUUAUUCAUCUCCAUUUGAGGACUCGCGGCAGAGGCGCAUUUCUGAGGGUGCCGGUGGGGUAGAUAGGGGGAGAUAGAGACGCCGGAAAUAGCAGAAACAAAUCACAGGAGGGUAGACGGUUGGGUGCAACGAGGAAAAAUGCUACCUUCACAAGAAGCCUCAAAGAUUUACCAUGACAACUAUAUGCGUAACUCUCGAGCCAUCGGUGUCUUGUGGGCCAUCUUCACCAUCUGCUUCGCCACCAUCAACGUGGUGGUCUUCAUCCAGCCUUAUUGGAUCGGGGACAGCGUGAGUACACCACAUGCCGGUUACUUCGGGCUGUUCCAUUACUGUGUGGGCGACGGCAACUCGAACCGGGAGCUGAUUUGCCAGGGAACAUUUUCGGACUUCAGCUCCAUCCCGUCCGGCGCGUUUAAGGCGGCCUCAUUCUUCGUGCUGCUGUCCAUGGUGCUCAUUUUGAGCUGCAUCGCCUGUAUGGCGCUCUUCUUUUUCUGCAACACCGCCACCGUCUACAAAACCUGCGCUUGGAUGCAGCUGCUUUGUGCUGUGUGCCUGGUGCUGGGCUGUUUGAUUUUCCCAGAUGGCUGGGAUGCAGAGGUCAUCCGGGAUAUGUGCGGAGAGGAGACAGGAAAGUACACGCUGGGAAACUGUUCUGUUCGCUGGGCUUAUAUACUGGCCAUCAUCGGCAUCCUAGACGCUCUCAUCCUGUCCUUUCUUGCUUUUGUCCUCGGAAAUCGCCAGAACGACUUUAUGCACGAUGAAAUUAAGGCUGAAAAUAAAGAUUGAGAUCCGAGAUACCAAGGACCCUCGAUUCGGCAUCCAGCGGUUUCCGUGAGGAGACAGCAUCCCCCUCUCUCCUUUUUCUCCUCCUCCGCCCUUCUCUCCUUGUCCUCAGGCCUGUGUCUCUAAACUCAGUCAGGAUGCUGCUAGUUCAGCUCUUUGUAAUAUAGAAAAAAGACUGGAAUACACUUCAAGAAGAGAACAUAUUCAGCAUACACCUAUUUAAAUAUCAUGAGAAUUGAAAACCAAUAAAAAGAAGAAAAGAUCAGCUUUACAUAAGCCAACAACUCUGGGAAAGUAACACGUUACGCAUAUUACUACUGUUAUUUAAUAAUGCUUUGACGACAAUUAUGAUGAUAGUCAUGAUUAUGCUUGCGGCAGCGAUAUUAUGUUCAGACUUUCAUAUUUGAUCUAAAAUGGGGAACAUAUUUCUAGCUUUAAGGAAAUAUAUUGAAUCGAUGCAUAUGUACAAGAGAUUGGGUGCUACUCUGGACACGCAGAUGACAAGGACAAACAACAAGCCAAAAAUUUAAAUAAACAGAAAAAAAGAAGCAUUUUGUACAGCACAAGAUGUAAUUUUGAAGAUCAUCUUUUUCUGACAAAUUUUGAAUUCCCCUCUUUGUACAUGUGGUCAGCAAUCAGAGUUAAUCGAUUAGUUAAUUUGUAAAAAUCUAUAUUUCUAUGGAUACAGGGUACAGCCAUUAAGCAUUUAUUCAACCGCAUCUCAAUCCUUCUGCAAACUGGAUUCAACAGAUUUAUUAUUUUAUCACCCGAAGGUUCUGAUGGUCAUGCUGUGACUGUGCAGACUAACAGCAGUUUUCUAAUUUGGCAUGUAAACCUCUUCUUACUUUGCUUAUUUACAGAAAUGUUCUCUCUUGAUAUUUCCUUUUUCGUUGAAGAGUGAAAGAUUCAUGAUUAUUGAAUAGUACACGUUUGCGCUCA